AGAGAUGGGGGGGGGGGGGGGUUGAGAAAUAUAAACAACCACUCACCAAGCAUGUAGUGACGUCAGUAAAUUUAGAGUUAUGAAUGAGAGGCUUUGUGAGUAAAGGGUGAGAAGGUCCUUUGGUAAAAUGCUAGAUAUUUGUGAUAAAAAAAUAUUCCCUCCCUGGGUUCGGGCGAUUUGAACAAUUUUUUUAUAUUGAAUUUUAUCUAUUGUACUUGCUUGUGAACAUGUAUGAAUGAUAUUGAUGCAGGUAUUACAUUACAAUGAAAAAGAUUUCCACAGAUACUGUCAUACAACCUGUUUAGAUACUCUAGAAUUACAUUUAUCCUAUAAACAAAAUAAACCGAUUUGAAGUCAUAAUAUAGCAAAUAAUCUUCUAUAUCAAUUCAUCACAAAAUAAAGAGGAAGGUAGCCAGUAUUACCGCAAGUGAUACAGUAAAAACAUUUUCUGCCCAAUUAUAUUGUUAAUGUUGCUAUGCAUAGUGGCACACACAGAGAUAGCUUUGAAACAAAUUAUGCUGAUGUAUUGUUUGUUACAUUAAUUCAAUUCACAAGACGUUUUAUAUUUGUUUGUAUUGAUUAUACCUUUUUUCAAUAUUUAUAAUUAUCAAUUCUCACCGUGGAACACCGUGGAAGGGACUUUGUAUAAUCUUCUCAUAAAAUUUUUUGCCUGCAUUUCUGAUUUGACUUUUGAAAAUCAAAUUACUGAGCAUAUUGAAUUUACAUUCGGUUUGUUCAUGCAACAUAUGAUGACUGUGUGUCCUUUGAUUAUAGAACACUAUAUAUUUUUCCCCUGAUAGUAUGUUCCGAAAACUUGACCUAAACUAGAAUCUUCCACCCACCCACGCAACAAACUCUAGUUGAUCAUCGCUGCCUCAUUUGAAUAAUUCUACAUUGACCAAUGCUUGUCCAGUCCAACGUAUGGCCAUUCUCUCACUGUCAAAAAUGCCCGAGGCCAUUUUUGCUGCAUGUAUUCAUAUACAUAUAUAUAGCGUGGGGUUGAUGUAUGCUCGGUCUUUGGCUUAUAGAUGACAAGAUGAAGUGAAAUAUUGGAAUUUGUUCUCAUUAAGUUUUCUGUAUUGAGAACUCCCUAAUAAAUCAUGGUUCAUCGGACUGGAGUCUUAAUGGGAUACGCUUUUUAAUCUUUGAGUGUUUUUGCAUAUAGCUUGUAUACUCCCUUAAUAUCAUGCCUGAUUGAGCGAGGCUUAUUUCUAAUGCAUUGGAUCACCUUUGUAGAUGUGAGAAAUCUGGGAUCUCAUGAAUUUCUUUUCAGAGGGUUAUUAGCCUCUCCUUGCAAUGAUUAUUUUAUACUUAAAUCAUGAUUCAUUCAAAGAUAAACUGGAAACAGAAUAAACUGCUAUGUCAAGCUGAAAAUUUAUUUCUAAAAGUUGUUGACAAAUUUCUUUAUUAAAAGAUUAUUGUAUAGUGCCUGUAGUACUUUGUAAUGGGAUGUUUAAUAUUUUAGAGUAUAUUGGAAUAUCAUCAAACCAAUGGUGUGGCAAAGGUGAUAGAACAUUGAAUUAGAUGUGAUACAUUUCACCAAUGAUUUAUGUUUCAUUUGAUAAUAGGAAAAAAAAUUGAUGCAGAAAUAUUUUCAUAUCACUGUAUUGAUAAUACACUUCAUCAAGAAAGCAAUAAAAAUGUAGUCAUGUAAUGAUGUUUUAGAUUAUCGCAAAAUUUAUCCAUAGAAAUUUAUCAUUAUUAAAUCGGAAUGUAAUACACCGAAUUAAGAGAAAUCUUCUGGAUUAAUAUGAUGAAAGAUAUUCUGGAAGUAUUGUCUUCACAGUCCAAUCACUCUGGAGCCUGGAGAAAACCAAUUUGAAUCAGAUUAUUAACAAAUAGUUGUAAUAUGUAAUGUGCAAAAAAUGGAAAGAAUUUAGCUUGAGGAUGGAUUUUUAAUGAAGAAAUUUAUAUUUUUAAAUCAGAAAAUUUGCAACAAAUUAUGUAACAGACUAAAUCAGGAACCAACCGCAAGAUCCCAAACUCCCUUGCUUCAUGGGGGAAAUCCCAAUAGAAAGAUUUCUCACCUAAGGUCGAUUCUACAGAAUGUCAUGUCACUUGAUAUUGAAGGGGGGGGGGGGCAAACACUUGAUGUUAUUCACUUCAAAAUUCAAAUAUUAUUAUUUAAAAAAAUAGAUAUUGCAAAGUUCACUAGUUUAUCCUUGGUGGGAAAAGUUUAUCCUUUUUUUAAUACAUCACAAUGACAUUUCAUCUUCAAAUAAACAGUAGUCUCAAAUCAGGGAAUUGAUUAUAAUUCUGUUUUUCAAUGGUACCUUGCAAGUCAGUCAGUCUUUACUGAAAUUUGGUUUUUCUUUUUUUUCUAUGUAGAUCCAAACACAAUGUACAAUGUACAUGUUCUUGGAUUUAACAGCUUUGGUGAUGGCCGGCCGUCUGCUCAAACAAUCAAGACAUUAGUAAGACCAGUGAUUAUAAACCCCAACGUGGAUACCUUACCUCCCCCUUUCUACUACAAUGGAACUGGUAAAUCAGGGAGAACCAUCCUCAUCCAAUGGGAGGAACCUCUCACAAACAAGAAGAUCACAGCUUUUAAGAUUGAGUAUGAGGUCAAGGGGUCAAAUCAAUCAUUCAUUGUGGAAGUGGAUGGGUCUACACAUGAGUUGCUGCUGACGGACCUGAAGCCAUUUACAGAGUACACCUAUCGUAUCCAAUCUGUUGGCACGUUGACGUACCCAGGUCCAUUUAGCCCUACAGCACGAGCAAUGACGCUUGAAGAUAAACCAUCAGACCCCCCAUCUGCAGUGCAGGCCAGCCCAGUAAACUCAAACACAGUAGAAGUCAGUUGGAGACCACCUGCUAUACCCAACGGGAUCAUCACUCGCUAUACAGUCAUGUAUCAGAGAGACCCAUCCCUCCCUGAAGAGAGCUGGGAGUAUGAACAGAAAGAUGGUUCUCUGCAUCAUUCUACAAUUGAGAGUUUGACUAGUGAUACCAAGUAUUACUUCAAGGUGAGGGCGGGUACCCAGGCCGGUGAUGGUCCACCCACAGAUGCUGUAGCUGCACAAACUCUUCCUGUUAUCAAUAAAUCUAACUCACAAGGCACCCUUCAGCAAGGCAUCCUGAUAGGAGUGUGCUUGUCUUUAGUCUGUAUCUGCAUCUGUACUGCUCUUAUCACAUACAGAUUCAGACAUGUGUUGUGGAGGAGAAGAUCUCGUCCUACUCAGUGCAGCUGUAGAUCAGUGGGAAACAGUGGGCCCUGUGUCCACUACCAUAGCAAUGGCUACCCGCAGCGUGUCUACAUGUCUGUACCCAACAGUGAUGAGAUGGGGGAUACCACCCUACCGGUUCUCACAUGCCAUGAGAACAGCCAAGAGGGCACACCACCUCACUUUCAGAAUGGAUCUAAUUGGUACCACACCCAUCUUGAUGGAAGCAGCCCUGUCAUGAAUGGGCAUGGUCCUCCAGGAGGCAAUGGGUUAGGGCCUCUUGUAGGCAAUGGACAUUGCAGUCCACCCAAAGGGAAUGGCGCUCCCAUGGGAAAUGGCCAUGGGCCUCCGAGGAUGAACGGACAUGGCCCACCCAGAAUGAACGGCCAGCCUGGUGGUUUGGUGGGCUGGCAGAAGAGAGAGGGGUACUUACCCCAGCCACCCCGUGAGAUGGAAGAGGGGUGUGAAGAAGAGAGAUCCCAUAGUGGGAGCUCUGCUCAUGGAUCGGGUCUCCUAAAUCACUCUCAGGAAUAUAAUAGUCAGGAGAUGCCAUGUAUGGGUACUGAGCAUCAAGAAGUAAUCCCGUUAAACUCAUCUACCUCACAAGCUGAACUCUCGGGAACAAACUCUCUAACCUCUUUACAAUCGACUGCUUCGUUAAAAGACAAUAGUAUGAAGGAUAGCAGUCAAGAUAGCAUCACUAUUCUACCUCCCACCUUCUGUAAAGUGUCUGCCAGUAUUACACCCCCAAGCCAGGGACAUAUCUCAGGAGCUCAUUCCUCUGGGACGGGGAUAUCCUCUGAUGGUGAUGGGAUAGCCACGCCCUCUCAGACAGCCACCGGCCACAGAUUACCUCCAGCACGCUGCGUGGAUCCUCAACGGGUAUCGGCACAGGGUCACGUCAUGCCUGUCAGCUGUGGCAGGGGGUCGCCGCCCAGUGGUGCUCAGGACCCACAUGGUGCUGAUCCAUGGGAGAGAUGGACACCGCCCAAGUCUGAGAUGUCAUGUCCCAGGGAGGCUGAAGAACACAUGAGCGAAGAGACACCAAUUGAACCAAACAGGACAGUGAAAACAUGCACGGUGUGAUCAUUGGUCAUUCAUUCUCUUUACUAUUUACCUCAAACUGUGAUGAAGCCCUGCUGAAGUAACCUCUUCAGUCUCUACCUAUAGUUUAAAGGAAACCAACUCAGAAUUGAACCAUCUGUCUCAUGCUUCCUAUUCUUUGAAACCUUCUUUAUUCUCUGAGCUGUCGCACUUUGAUCAUUCCUUGUGUCCCACCAGCAGACAGAGGGAGCUCAUUUGAAGACGGGUAUAAAACAUUUCAGGAGUCCCUGUGUCUGUGUAGCAGGCUUCAUCAUCAUCAUCUAUUGCUCAGUUCCAAUGUACUCUUCAAAUAUUUCAGAGGCUCACUGGCUUACUUCCAGUACCAUUAGGGCUCGUGUUUGAGCAACCAGGACAAUCUCACCACCCUUCUUACCUCGUGUCCACUUGAGUAUUGCUCAGAGACCAUGUUGCAGAGUUUAUAUUCUUCAAGACGCCCUCCAACAUAG